AUGCCACCCGAUCGGACACUAGCCAGGAAGCGCCUUGCUGAAAGAAAGAAAGACAAGAAGCUCUUUACAGCUGCCUUCCCAUGUAAUGCAGACGGUUCUGAACGUCCCCCGCUUUUAUUCAUUGGGAAAUCGAAAACCGCGAUCGUCAAGGCCUGGAUGACUCGAAAUAUUUUUUUUAAAUGGUUAAAGGACUUGGACUCAAAGUUUAGAUCGAUGACCACGAAAAUAGUAUUUUUGCAACCAAAUACUACGAGCAAGCGGCAACCUCCGGACGCAGGUAUUAUCGCUGCGUUUAAGAGACAUUACACGCGACGUCAGAUUCAGCACGCUAUUGACAGGUUAGAGGCUGACCCUGCAAUGGACUUUGCCACAACUGCAAAGUUGUACAGUCAGCCUUUGUGA